AUGGCCCAUAUACGAGAGGAACUGGAUCACCUGACUGCUGGCUACAUUUCAGACACUAUGAGCUGUAUUCACACGGUGCAGGAGUUCUGCGACAGACACUCAAAAUGGCUCCUACAGAGAGAGACAGAGCUGGAGAUGAUGCGAGACAUCACUGACAGAGCGGAGAUGAUCAACCUCACAACUGACCACUUCCGAAAUUCAGAGGACAAGAAGAAGGCCUUCGGGGAGUUUAUGUGGAGCAAGGUGACCCAGGUAACCGCUGGGAAAAGGGCCCAGGAGCUGGAGAAGGAGCUGGGAUGCCUGCUCCAGGACACCUUGAAGGGGCUUGAGAAGCUGACCCUGUUCCUGGAGGCUGUGGAGAUGCUGGCGGUCACGUCGCUCUCUGUCUUCGAGGAGGAGAAUCCGGUGUGCCAGCUCCCCGAGGGGGUGAGCGCUGAUGCCGUUCGUUCAGUCAUCACCGCCGCCAGGCGAGCCUGUCCGCUUUUGAUCCAUUUCAAGAGAGACAACAGCGAAUUCUUUCUUCCCAGCCUGGUGAACGUGGACCUGCUGGCUUUCCAGCUGGACAAAUACUUGAGGGUUUCCCAGGAGUUGUGUGAGAAGCUCCAGAAAAGGACAAAGAAAGCCCCAUGCCCCAAUUUGACCAACGAAGCCAUUCAGAACAUGUAUGAACAUUUGACUCAUCUGAGGAGCAUCAGAUUAGACCAGCACUUCAGAAUGACCUACCUGUUCAGGGGAUCAGCCCAGCGGUUCAUCGGCCUGUUCAGCCUGCGCCGCUCCAGGAUGCAGCAGUUCCUGGUGGCUCUGGAGGAAGAAGCAGUGCAGCUGGACAGGAUGAAGAUGGGGGCCAGCAUCUCCAGCGUGGCGGGCAGCAGUGUAGGCUUUGCGGGAGGCAUUGUGUCCAUCGUGGGCCUGGCUCUGGCCCCUUUCACAGCGGGGGCAUCGCUGACCCUUACGAUGGUCGGCGUUGGGCUGGGGGUCACCAGUGGCGUGAACAGCUUAGCUACAGGUAUCACCGAAUUAUCGGUCAACACUCACCAUGGGAAGAAGAUCAAUGAAAUCUUCCAGAGCUACUUUGAAGACGUGGAGACUAUGCUGGAGUGUCUGGAGCAAGCGGCCAGGUGCAUUAUACCCAACACGGUGCCAGAUGUGCUGGAUGUUGCGACAGGUGUUGUGACUCUUGCCAAAACCACAGGUGGCGUGGCUAAAGGGAUAGAUGUCUUAGUGGAUUGUGCUUCUGCCGUAAAGGUGAUCAGAGCCGAAGAGGUGGCCUCGAGUACAGUCAAGGUGGUGACUCAGGAAGUCAAAGCUGCCCGAAACGUCCCCAACAUGGCGGCCGAUCUCACCGAUAUCGGGCAGUUGGCUAAGGGCACUCCCCUCGCCCUAAGCAAGUCUGCCAGGGCGGGGUUCAUCGCCCUCAACUCCAUCUUCAUGGGCGUGGACCUCUUCUUCAUCUGCAAGGACAGCAUCAGCCUGGCCAAUGGGGGCAAGAGCGAUGUGUCAAAGGUCAUCCGCGGGAGGGCCAGUCUGUGGAAGACCGAGCUGGAUGCAUGGGAGAAGAUCCAUCGCUCUCUGUGCAUCGGGAUAUGGAGGUUCAGAAGGAGUAAGGAGGUCCUACGGAGGCCAUUUUACACCUAGCUGAAGAAUACUGUUGGUUGUAACAACUGCAAUGUUGUGAAACCUGGGGCCUAAUUUUUUUAUAACUAUCCAUCCAUCCAUCCAUUAUCUGAACCCGCUUAUCCUGAUCAGGGUCGCAGGGGGGCUGGAGCCUAUCCCAGCAUACAUUGGGCGAAAGGCAGGAAUACACCCUGGACAGGUCGCCAGUCCAUCGCAGGGCACACACACCAUUCACUCACACACUCAUACCUACGGGCAAUUUAGACUCUCCAAUCAGCCUAACGUGCAUGUCUUUGGACUGUGGGAGGAAACCGGAGUACCCGGAGGAAACCCACGCAGACACGGGGAGAACAUGCAAACUCCGCACAGAGAGGCCCCGGCUGACGGGGAUUCGAACCCAGGACCUCCUUGCUGUGAGGCGGCAGUGCUACCCACUGCACCAUCCGUGCCGCCUUUUUUUAUAACUAUCUUAUGAUGAAAUUACAUUUUAAAUUGUGGCUUAUGCAGAAAACCAUGAGUAAGUCAUUAUUUAUGAAAUCCGACUCUGAUGUAGAUAUGAAUUUAUCUAUAUAAAGUUUAUACUAGAGGUAAGUUAAUUACUUGCUGGUUUUACUCAGGUGCUCUGUAUUUGCUUUAAGAAUAGCAUUUAAUUAGAAAUCGAGUUUAGGCAUGAAGAGCAGUAGAAAAUGCAAUGUUGUGGAAAAUGCACAAAAAGGGGUACACAUUCAGUUUGGCAGUUUAAUAUUUGUAAAUGUGCUAGCUUGUACUAUUUGUCGACAAAAAUAUAUAUACAUAUAUAAUGAUUAAACCUAUUUUUUUUAAUCAAGUGUGUUCUUUUUUCUCUAAAGUAAAAUCAUAUACAAUAUAUUCCUAUAAAUGUUUUUUCUCAUGAAUA